GCACCUUGUAAAAGGAACAGGAAACCAAGCUUUGCACAGCAGAACUGUCUCCUGGGCCGGGGGAGGGCUUAGCUCAUUCCACAGGGAACCCCUGACUUUCCGUGGCCCCAGCGGAGAGAGAAGACACACGAGCUCCAUAAGAUUGAAGUUUCCUCCCUCCUCCAGCUUCGCACUUAUUCACACGCAGGAGGUCCGUGUCCACACCCCCUCCCAACAGCAAGGGAGGCCCCGACCCAGUGAUGGGGAAAGUGAGGGAACCAGGCAGAGAGCCCAGACCCCUGCCCCUUCCGGGGCCAACAAAGAGCCUUUCCUCCCAGAUUCCGGAUGGAGAGGCUGCGUAAACUGUGCAGGGCGGGUGUGUGUGUGUGUGUGUGUGUGUGUGUUCGUUUUCAGGUCCAGCCAUGUGUUCACUUUAAUCAACUCCAUCACAAACUGUUCCAAGUGCUCAGAACCGAAGGGCACCUGUAUUUCGAGAUGGAGAUACAGUAGCGCGGAGACUUUUGGGAAGUGAUCAGCGACGAACAUGGCAUCGACCCUGCUGGAGGCUACGUGGGUGACUCGACGCUCCAACUGGAGAGGAUCAACGUCUACUACAAUGAGUCAUCGUCUCAGAAGUAUGUGCCCAGGGCUGCCCUGGUGGACUUGGAGCCGGGCACCAUGGACAGCGUGCGGUCUGGGCCUUUCGGGCAGCUCUUCCGGCCUGACAACUUCAUCUUCGGACAGACUGGCGCCGGGAACAACUGGGCCAAAGGCCACUACACGGAGGGCGCCGAGCUGGUGGACUCGGUCCUGGACGUGGUGCGGAAGGAGUGCGAGCACUGCGACUGCCUGCAGGGCUUCCAGCUGACCCACUCGCUGGGCGGCGGCACCGGUUCUGGGAUGGGCACUCUCCUCAUCAGCAAGAUCCGUGAGGAGUACCCCGACCGCAUCAUGAACACCUUCAGCGUGAUGCCCUCGCCCAAGGUGUCGGACACGGUGGUGGAGCCCUACAACGCCACCCUCUCCGUGCACCAGCUGGUGGAGAACACGGACGAGACCUACUGCAUCGACAACGAGGCCCUGUACGACAUCUGCUUCCGCACCCUGAAACUGACCACGCCCACCUAUGGGGACCUCAACCACCUGGUGUCGGCCACCAUGAGCGGGGUCACCACCUCCCUGCGCUUCCCCGGCCAGCUCAACGCUGACUUGCGCAAGCUGGCCGUGAACAUGGUGCCCUUCCCGCGCCUGCACUUCUUCAUGCCCGGCUUUGCCCCGCUCACCGCCCGUGGCAGCCAGCAGUACCGGGCGCUGACGGUGCCUGAGCUCACCCAGCAGAUGUUCGAUGCCAAGAAUAUGAUGGCGGCCUGUGACCCCCGCCACGGCCGCUACCUGACCGUGGCCGCCGUGUUCCGGGGCCCCAUGUCCAUGAAGGAGGUGGAUGAGCAGAUGCUGGCCAUCCAGAACAAGAACAGCAGCUACUUCGUGGAGUGGAUCCCCAACAACGUGAAGGUGGCCGUGUGCGACAUCCCGCCGCGCGGCCUGAAGAUGGCCGCCACCUUCAUCGGCAACAGCACGGCCAUCCAGGAGCUGUUCAAGCGCAUCUCGGAGCAGUUCUCAGCCAUGUUCCGGCGCAAGGCCUUCCUGCACUGGUUCACGGGUGAGGGCAUGGACGAGAUGGAGUUCACUGAGGCCGAAAGCAACAUGAACGACCUGGUGUCUGAGUACCAGCAGUACCAGGACGCCACAGCCGACGAGGGCGAGGAAGCUUUUGAGGACGACGAGGAGGAGGUCAACGAAUAGAGGCGCGUCCCUGCCUUGGACGCCGCGGCUCAGAGGUCCUUCCUCCAAUCCUGGUGAGUCUCCCGGCCGCCAAGGGGAGCCCUGGUCUGAGUGUGUGGGGACGGGCCCCUCGCAGAGGCAGCGAGACUGUCCUGUCCGUCAUCCGGGAUGAAGGACAUCAGAAGAGCGGGGACUGGCAUCCCUACCCAAACAUCAGACCAGAGAGGACUUGAAAGAACUCAUGGGCCAUAAAUAAAGGGCUAAAUAAAUAAACCUCACCUUCUCUUAAGUGUUCAACCAUGUCUGGGAAUUAGGGGGUUAGAAACGGUGUGUUUCAUCCUGUGAUGACACCUGGAGCCACAAGGUGCUGCCUCGUACUGGACGUGCAGCUCUGAACUCAGGAACAACCUGGUCACAAUAAACCCUAAGUGUCCCUGUCUCUCCCGCCUCUGCUUCCCCGACAGCACCCGCCCCUUCCUGGGGUGCAGCCCUGACAGCCCACUCCACACAGGGAGGGGCUUCACUUCCGUUGGAGGCUCUCGGGCAGCCCUGAGAUUCUUUAAUUGGUGGCUCCUAUGGAAAGCAGCACACCCCCAAAUAAAAGCCCUUGUCCCCGUU